CGCUGACUAACCUGCGAGCAGAAAAAAGAUCGCACCCGCGCCUUCCCUUCUCCUUGAAAACCGGAGACCACGUUGGCUGUGCCGCAGGCCUGUUAUUUUCCACUUCGCGGGGGAAUAAAAACAACAAAGUUCAGGAAAGCAAUAGGAUAAGCCUUCGACGGAUUAAUAUUCAUGAAGCCGGUGAUGUCAUGAGCAGGAGAGCUGUGGCCUCCUGAAAGCGCCAUUUCCUGGAGGAGAAGCAAGAAGCCGAUGCCAAGACUUGCAGAAGGAAGUCGCGGCGGCCGAAGGAGGGAGCUCCGCGCCGGGCCAAGCUCAACUCGGCGGGCUCGGCGGGCCCGAUGAACUGUGUGCACUGCGGGAGGGAGGCCGGCAGGGGGGGACCUUCCCGACUUGGCGAUCGCAAGCUCGGGGAAAGGGAGCAGAGCCGCCGGCCGAGCCAGCGCUGGUGGGGUGCCUGGCGCUGCCAUCUCCAGCCGCUUCUUUUUUGCCGGGCUUGCCGGGCGCGAUCGCGUGGGCGCCGAGCCCCUCUUCGCGCCCAAAUCGAGGGGGCGCGGACCUUCUCUUUCAAAGAAGGGGCGUCCUUGGUUUUCCUCUCCCUUCUUUCCCCCCUCCCUUGUUGCUUUGCCGCCCGCCCGUUCUCCUUUUCCCCCUUUUCCUCCCCUUCCUUUCCUCCCCGACUUUGAAUUUUUGGGGUCCGACGCGAGACGAGCCCUUUGGAGGUCGCAAGGAGGAUGGUGAUAAAAAUGAUGAGGGGGAAGAGAUGGAGAUGAAGCAGACUAUGCAGAUGCGGGGACUCCUGUUGCUGUUGCCGGCACUAUGGGCUCUGUUUUCGCGGGACUUCAGGGCUGUAACAGAAGCAAAAGGGGUUGGAAUGCCAAUCAAACUGACAGUGUCCCAAGGGCAGCCAGUGAAGCUGAACUGCAGCCUGGAGGGAAUGGAAGAACCAGAGAUGCUGUGGAUCAAGGAUGGAGCUGUGGUGCAGGGUAUAGACCAGGUGUACAUUCCAGUAAAUGAAGAACACUGGAUAGGCUUCCUCAGCUUGAAGUCUGUAGAUCGGACAGAUUCUGGAAAAUAUUGGUGCCAAGUGGAGACCAAUGGGAAGAAAGAGGAAUCACAGCACGUAUGGCUUAUUGUGGAAGGUGUUCCCUAUUUCACUGUUGAGCCAAAAGACCAGUCAGUCAUCCCUGGUAGGCCUUUCCAGAUGGCCUGUGCUGCAAUAGGACCACCUGAGCCAGUGACAAUUAUUUGGUGGAUGGGUGAUUCCAGGCUUGGACAUCCAGAUAUCUCUCCCUCCACUCUAAAUGUGUCAGGUAUUAACCAAAGCACAGUUUUCUCCUGUGAAGCCCACAACAUAAAGGGAUUAUCUUCAUCUCGAACGGCUAUUGUACAGAUUAAAGCAAUCCCUUUCCCAUCUCUCAAUGUGACAGUCACUAACAUCACCAGCAACAAUGCCAGUGUCACUUGGCAACCCGGAUUCGAUGGCCUUUCCCCCCUACACUCUUGUGCAGUACAGGUGGCUGACCUGCAGGAAGAGGAUGAGGUGGUCACUGAAGUUUUCUCUGUCCCUCCCUUUACAAGGGUUUUACCAGAUUUAAAGCAUGCCACCAAUUACAGUGUUCGAGUUCAGUGCUCUAAUGAGAUGGGCAGCUCUCCUUUUUCAGAUUGGGUCUAUUUUCAGACCUUGGGAUUAGCUCCAAAUUGUACUCCACAAAAUGUACACAUUAUCCAAAGAGAUUCUUGUCUGAUUUUGGAAUGGGAAGCAGUAGCUCCAGAAAUGUUUGGGGAGAAUGCCUUAGGAUACAGGUUGGAGUGGAUCCAAGAUAACAUAACUCAGGGGGAAAUGAUUGUGAAGGAAGCAAGAGCUAACCUUUCUAUGUGGAACCCCUUAAAAGACCUUAUAAUCAAGGUCUGCAUACUCAGUUCAGCCGGUUGUGGACCUUGGAGUGAGCCCUUACUGCUUACAUCCCAAGAUUUAAUAGGGGGGCAAAGGCAGCCUCUUUAUGGAACAUCCUGGGUUCCUGUGGUUUUAGGAAUUCUGACGGCACUGGUUACAGCAGUUGCCUUAGCCCUAAUUCUUCUACGGAAAAGAAGAAAAGAAACUCGGUUUGGUCAAGCCUUUGGCAGUGUGGUCGGAGGUGAUCCUGUAGUCCAUUUCAGAGCAGUGCGAUCAUUCAACCGAGAAGUCCCAGAGCUUAUUGAAGUAACAUUGGACAGUAUAGGAAUCAGUGAUGAAUUGAAGACGAAAUUGAAAGAUGUCUUAAUUCAGGAGCAGCAGUUUACUCUGGGAAGAAUGCUAGGCAAGGGGGAAUUUGGCUCUGUCAGGGAGGGUCAGUUGAAAAUGCCUGAUGGCUCUCUCCAGAAAGUUGCAGUGAAAAUGCUAAAAGCUGACAUCUUCACUUCCAAUGACAUAGAGGAGUUUCUGAAAGAAGCUGCUUGCAUGAAGGAGUUUGACCAUCCACACAUUACUAAAUUAAUAGGGGUCAGUUUGCGUAAUCGGCCUAAAGGUCGCCUUCCGAUCCCAAUGGUUGUCCUGCCCUUCAUGAAGCAUGGAGACCUUCACUCUUUUCUAUUAAUGUCCAGGAUUGGAGAAAACCCCUUCAGUUUGCCACUUCAGACCCUCUUAAAGUUUAUGAUUCACAUUGCUAGUGGCAUGGAAUACCUGAGCUCCAAAAACUUUAUACAUAGGGAUCUAGCUGCUCGGAACUGCAUGCUGGAUGAAAACAUGAAUGUCUGUGUUGCUGAUUUUGGGCUUUCAAAGAAAAUCUAUAGUGGAGAUUAUUACCGUCAGGGCUCUGCCUCAAAGCUGCCAGUGAAGUGGCUUGCAUUGGAAAGCCUGGCGGACAAUCUCUACACAACUCACAGCGAUGUGUGGGCAUUUGGUGUGACCAUGUGGGAAAUUGUGACCCGAGGGCAAACUCCGUAUGCAGGCAUUGAAAAUGCAGAAAUUUACAACUACCUCAUCAGUGGGAACAGACUGAAGCAGCCCCCAGAGUGCCUCGAAGAUAUCUACGAUCUCAUGUGCAGAUGCUGGCAUUUGGAACCCAAGCUACGUCCAAGCUUUGGAGCUCUGAAACUGCAGCUUGAAAUGAUUUUGGCAAGACUGUCAUUGCUUUCAAACAGUCAGGACCCUCUUUAUGUCAAUGUUGGGAGAUCCCAAGAAGCUUGCAGGAAUGAAAUCACCAUGAAUUGCCCUUUUGGAGCCUUGAAUGGGGAAACAGGAGCAAUUGCUGCUGUGACUAGUGACUAUCGUUACAUCAUGAACCCGUCGUGCCUUGGAAACGAUGCAGAAAGUGAGAGACUUCAGGAUUUAUAUGACGGAGAAGCCCAGAGCCUCCUUUAUGAUCUAGAGAUGGGAGCAAAACUAUGUUAGCCCAAACAACAACAACCACAACAAAAUAGACUUUACUUUUCCCUCCAAUAAGAUGUGUCUAUUUUAUGGUAUCAUUUUAUGGUAUCACCAAACAGAGACGCUUGGAAGCUGCUUUUAACCAACAGAAGUUGUAGUAAUUAACGUCAGCUGCAUCUGUGGCUUCUGACAGCUAUUUCGGAGCUAACAUCUCAAAUUAAUAGAAUCACCUCCUGGCCUUCCGAGAGAAACCCUGCAAUUGUCUGUGAAAUGCAGUGGGAGUGGCCUCUGGACAGCCUGCUGAGUCGCAGUAUUCUCCCUGGGAAUUGGGGUUAAGUCAGGGGUGAAAUGCUCCCGGUUCGGACCGGAUCAGUCGAUCCGGUGGCGAUUGUGGCAGGUGGUUCGGAGAACCAGUAGCGAUGGCGGGGUGAGGCUCCGCUCACCCGCCUGGGUCUUGUUAUUCCUGGUUUUGACCAGGAAGUAAUGUGUUUUUUACCCUCUGCGCAUGUGAAGCGCACUUCCGAACCGGUAAGGAAGGUAAGUAGAUUUCACCCCUGGGUUAAGUACUCCGUAUAUUUGGGGGUGAAGGGUUUUUGGUGUGGGGUUUCCCCCCCCUCCUAACAGAUAUGGGAGAAGAGGCAUGUGCCACAUACUCCAAACCAUGGAUAUUAUCUUUCAGAGCAUGAGAAACAAAGAGCCUAAUUUAGCAGUAGCUACCUCAGUGGUCCUCAAACUGGGUUCUAUGCAGCUGCUUCUCUACAAUGAAGAAACACUGGGCUGGUGUGUAGUUGGCAGAGGAAAGCAUUCCUGGGAAGAUAAGGAGAUUGAGCAAAAGCGUUCCAGUUUCCCUCUUUUUCCCACAGGUUCUUAUUUACCUGCCUUUUUCUUUUCUUCUUUCUGAUUUGAAUCAUACAGAUUCCCCCCCGCCCCAUUUAUAACAAAACUGACCGUGUGGGGAGUGUUAGAAUUUAUGGGAAUAAUGCAAAACGAAUAAAGACACACCUGCAUUGGAAUAAUUUGGCAUUAAGAUCAAAAUCUUGGACCCAUUUACCUGAUAGUAAUCCCACAAAUUCAGUGGGAUUUACUUAUGAAUAGCUAUUAUAAACUCUGCAAGUUCUGUCAGUGGGCACAUGCUUUGGCAUAUAGCUUCACUUCUGUUUCCUGUCUAGCUACUACAAUGAUAUGGCUAGCCUUGCUUUCCAUAUGUAUUGCUUGGGAAUGUGGGGGAACUAAACCUCCCCCAAAAUUAAAAACAAAGUGCUGAGGGGUUUCAUAUGGGUUAUAGGCAAUGGUGAAAUUCAAUUUUUUUUACUACCGGUUCUGUGGGCGUGUCUUGGUGGGCAUGGCAGGGGAAGGAUACUGCAAAAUCUCCAUUUCCUCUUCACUCCUAGGGGAAGGAUAUUGCAAAAUCUCCAUUCCCAUCCCAUUCUAGAGCCAGCCAGAUAUGGUAUUUGCCAAUUCUCCGAACUACUCAAAAUUUCCACUACCGGUUCUCCUGAACCUGUCAGAACCUGCUGGAUUUCACCCCUGGUUAUAAUAUAUAUUGCUUAUAAGUAAGCAAUAACAUUUUUUGCUAUGAAAACACACAAUGUCUAAAACAAUAAAAGGAGGUAAUUCUUUAAAAACCUAUUAAAUUUGUGCAUCUAUUCUGGCACCUUUUCUUUUUUUAAAUAAAUAUUAGCCCCUCUAAAUAAAUGAUUGACUGACAUCAAUGGAAUACUUAGAGGAUUUUAUUUAUUUUUUUUGCCUAAUACAAAAAAACAACUGUUUUCAGUUUGAAAGCUUGAGAAUCACUGGCUUGUUAAAUUAAACGUCUUCUUAAAUGCUUUUCAGCUUUUCUGUAAAAAUUAAAUUCCAUUGCAUUAUUUUGUGCCUUCAAGUCUUGACUUCUAAUACAGCUACCUAAUUCAGCAACAUUCCAGAAAAAAGAUUCCAUUUGAAAUCUGUGAUUUCUCAGUUCAACUUGAACAAUUAGUCACAAUAGGAAAGUACUAUAUUAUGUGCUUUCAAAUUAUAUGUCAAUGAAUACAUUUGUUUUUUCUAGCUAUUUCAAAUAUAGUUUAAGCCUUAAGACUUGGGUCCCUAAUGUGAUGUCCAGAAGCAGCAUUGUGCCUACCAGUACAUUUCUUAACGUUGGCAAAUAUCUCUACCUUACCUGAUUGUAUUUAUUUACAUUCAUUUAGUAAGCAACAAUGAUUGGAAAGUUAGCAUGUUCUAAAACACAGCAUCAGUGAUAAAUUUCUAAUAAUAUUACUGGACUCUCAGUGGCUGCAACUUGGGGUUUUAUUUUCCUUCUAGUAAAAGAUGUUUGUGACUAACCUCAUUUAUCUUAGCAGCCAUUUGAUGGGAAAGCCUAUAGUAUUUUUUAAAAAUGCUCACUGAUUUAAAAAGGUUAAAAAUGCUUAAAAUUGUUAGCCAUACUCUCUUUGUGUUCACCAAAAAUAUUUCUUCUUCCCAAUUGUAGAAAAUUAGUAAUCUAGAAUUUCUGUAAUUCUAGUCAUCAAAGAAAUCCUCAUGAGGGACCUUGACAAGGUUCUUUCUACCUAUUAAUUUACCUUUUCAUUAUCUUUUCAAUCUUUUUUCACAAAAAUGGGAUUCUUAAACGUGAUAUGCCUCUAAGAAUUAAGAGAGGAAUUACCAUACUCAGGUCACAACACUUAAUCUAUGCUAUUCCAUCUCUGCUUGAGUUCUUACACAGCCUUUCCCUACCCCAGCUCUUCGGAUAAAUAUUAAAUGUGAAGGUUAAAUUCCAUCACAAGAUAUUGAGCUGGGCUGAUAGAAGAAAUUGCAUUCUAUAACAUCUGAAGCAUUGCGAGUUGCAGAAGGCUCCCCCGUUAUCAGCUUUCCGUGUAGCUAAGAAAUAGAACCCACCGGAGUCUCUACAGAUAAGACCAUGUUUUGGUUUUACUGAGCCGUGGUGCCUCAGUGGUUAGAAUGCAGUAUUGCAGCUAAUUCUGCCCACUUACAGGAGUUCGAUCCUGACCAGCUCAAGGUUGACUCAGCCCUCAAUCUUUCCGAGAUCAGGAAAAUAAGUAUCCAGAUUUGUUGGCAAUAUGCUGACAUUGUAAACUACUCAAGAGAGUAUUGUAAAGCAGCGGCCCCAAACUCUUGGGCACCAAGGACAGAUGCCGUGGGAUUUUUUUUCCCAUGGACCAGUGUGUGUGUGCAUAGUUUCAUAUGCUAUCUAUAUCCUGUGCAUGUGCAGAUGAGGGUUCACUCACUUGGGUAGCCAGUUCCUAUGGGGGUUGGGGACCCCUGCUGUACCACUAUGGAGUGGUAUGUAAGCCUAAGUACUAUUGCUAUUAGCUAAUUAUGCUACAUUUAGGGGAUAGUAAAAAUGGUCCCCGCAAGAAAAUUGGGAAAGAAACAAUUUAUUAAAAGGCAGAGGCAGUACUUGGCCUUUUCCUAUUUCUAUCUGUCUUAUGGAAAAAAUUUCUUAACUUCUACCACCAGAUUCCUUAACCACCACAAUGAACUAUAUUAUAAUGUUCAUUUCCUUGUCUGCCUUGUUUGCAUAUUUAGUGGCUUUUUUUUUUUUUUUACAUAAAAGCAGGGAAAAGCAAUCCAUCCUGGCCAGAAAGGGCAAUAACAAGGAUGGUUGUUGUCCAAAAGCCGCCUACACUGAACAAAAGCUGUGUGUAUGUGUUUGAGAGCGACACAAACUGCUCCUAUGCCUUAUUCAACCACAUUCCUUCAUUGUAGGGACCUUUCUCCAUGAUUUAGUACCCAAUGGAAUAGAAGCUUCACAUCAUCACAACGCAAUGUUAUCAAAAGCAAGUCAUUAAUGUGGUGCAUGGUAAAACAGGGGGCAUGCUAAUGAUAUAAUUAUGACAAUAGUCCUGUCAAUGAUGUUAAAGAAUUCUAUAUUUUAUGUUCUGGCUUGAAGUGAAAGAGUUGGGAUCUAAUAAUUAUCCUGUGUAGCCCAGUUUCAAAUAUCAUAUUUGCAUCUGAGUCUCAACCAGAAAUAAAUGUACUGCAAUAGUUUAUGGGUACUUACUUGAUUGAAUUAAACCUCCCUUCUAUUAAACUUAAAAGAAACAUAGGAGACUCUUUAAAAACUGCACGGCCAUAUCCAGGCUUCUUUUGUAAUGAGUAACAAUACCGUAUGACUCCAUUAUACUGUACCUGCAUACUAAGAUCUGAAUGCUUUUCCUUGUGUAUUUCUCAAUAGCAGAAAACUAAAAGAAAAUCAUGCACAAUGAACAGAUUCUUGUGGGCUUUGGGGAAUCCUGAUUUUUUUAAAAAAAGCGAGGGGGGGGGAAUUUGAAACUGUAUUGAUUAAAAAAACUUAUGUGAGCACAGAAUCCUGAUAAUAGACUUGGAAUGAAAUUGGGAUAUGAUUAGACUGACGGUAGAACAGAAUGGAGAGAAAGAUGUCCAGAGAUUCUCUCCCCUUUUAACACUUGGCUAGUGCUUUGUUGUAGGUGUAAGAAUUCAGUCUCAGUGAAUUCAAUUGGAUUCACUCUCAGAUAAAUGCCUGUGGGGCAGCCAUUCGGCAAGAACAGCAAAUGUACAUAUAAAAUCUAAUUUUCUGAAGCAUGUAUCUAGUUUUUAUGAUUUUUUAAAAAAAAUAAAAUAUGUACUGUGUCCUA